AACCAGCAACUACUGUAUCAGCAAAUAACACUGAACUUUUUCACGCUUUUACAGUGUUAGUUUUAUCAGCUGCUGUACAAUAUGACAUAAAACACAGGAAAAACGAAUUUUGACUGCACUGGGCCUUAACAUUAAAAAAAAAAUGUUUUUGGAUAAAAUACAUUUAUUUAAGUCAGUUAUUGACGUUGAAACGCGGGCUUUUAAUCUGAAGGUUUCCUCAUUGCCAUACGAGAGUGACGUCAUCGUUUGUGCUGCUGGCAGAACAAACGUCUCUGAACUACCCGAUCAACAUGGAGAGAAAAGUUCUAGCACUUCAAGCAAGGAAGAAGAGGGCGAAAGCAAAGAAGUCGAGCAAGAAACAGCCAGCCCACCCCAGGGGGGCAGCACCCCAGCAGCAGCCCCAGCCAGAGGCCUCUCCCCAGGAGCCAGAUGAGCCUGAGGAGAUCCUAGGCUCUGAUGAUGAGGAGCAGGAGGACCCCAAUGACUACUGCAAGGGUGGCUACCACCAUGUAAAGAUAGGAGACCUGUUCAAUGGGAGGUACCAUGUGAUCAGGAAGCUGGGCUGGGGACACUUCUCCACUGUGUGGCUGGCCUGGGACAUCCAGGUGAAGAGGUUUGUGGCUAUGAAAGUGGUGAAGAGUGCAGAGCAUUACACAGAGACGGCUGUAGAUGAGAUCAAACUGCUCAGAUCUGUGAGAAACACAGACCCUGACGAUCCCAAGAGGGAGAUGGUGGUUCAACUACUGGAUGACUUCAAGAUCUCCGGCAUCAACGGGACUCAUGUGUGCAUGGUGUUUGAGGUGCUGGGGCACCACCUACUGAAGUGGAUCAUCAAGUCCAACUACCAGGGCCUUCCUCUGCCCUGCGUCAAGACCAUCAUACGACAGGUUCUCCAGGGGUUGGACUACCUUCACACCAAGUGUGAGAUCAUCCACACUGACAUCAAGCCAGAGAACAUCCUGUUGACGGUGAAUGAGCCAUACGUGAGGAGGCUGGCCGCGGAGGCUACAGAGUGGCAGAAAGCAGGGGCUCCCCCUCCCUCAGGGUCCGCAGUCAGCACAGCUCCAGCUCCAAAAGCAACAACCAAAAUGUCCAAGAACAAGAAGAAGAAGUUAAAGAAGAAGCAGAAGCGUCAGGCGGAGCUGUUGGAGAAGUGCAUUCUGGAUCUGGAGGAGAUGGAGAAGGCUCCGGAGAGGGAGGAGGAGGAUGAUGAAGAGGAUCCGGAAUCUCCCGUAUCUCCCAAGCAGCAGCGGCCAUAUUGUGCUCCUCUCAGACAGGUCUCCUUACAGGAAGUAGCCAGCCAAGACACAGCAGGAUGCAUUGCCCGUGCGGAGUUGACGCGGUUAGGACCAGAAGGGAUAAUAACAGACGCAGAAGUGAACUGUAACGGCCUUCAUCCCGAGGAAGAGGACGAUGAAACAGAGGAGAGGAAGGCACAGUGGAGAGAACAAGACCAACACAACGGUAACGUAGACCAAACAGAGAAUUGUCCUCUUCUUCAGGAGUCUCCUCAAUCUCAACCCGUGUAUAAUGGCCUGGUGUCCCCGGAUACCCCAGAGAGUGAGGAGGGGAGUGGAGCUCUGACCAGGAAGGUGGCUGAAAUAAAGACUAAAGCAUCCGAGACUGAGACGACAAGCUUUGGUGGCCGGGAGGAGGAGGAGCUAUCGCCAGAGGAGCAGAAGAAUCAGGAAAGGAGUCAAGUGGAAGUCACAGAGGAGGCGCAGGGCAGGAGUUGGAAGGAGCAGAACAGGAGUCGUGGGGAGGAGGAAGCCACAGAGGAGGUGCUGGAGAACGUCCAGUAUGGAGGAGAACAGGAGAGUCUGAAGGACGCCAAAUUAGCAGCGGGGAACCUCCUGGUGAACCCCCUGGAGCCACUCAACGCAGACAGACUGAAGGUCAAGAUAGCAGACCUGGGGAACGCCUGCUGGCUGCACAAGCACUUUACGGAAGACAUCCAGACGAGACAGUACCGUUCUCUGGAGGUGCUCAUAGGGUCUGGCUACAACACACCAGCUGACAUAUGGAGCACAGCCUGCAUGGCGUUUGAACUGGCCACUGGGGACUACUUGUUUGAGCCCCAUUCCGGGGAAGAUUACUCCAGGGACGAAGACCAUAUUGCAUUGAUCAUUGAGCUGCUGGGGCAAGUCCCACACAAACUCGUAACAGCUGGGAGAUAUUCCAAGGAUUUUUUCACCAAGAAAGGGGACCUGAAGCACAUCACCAAGCUGAAGCCGUGGGGGUUACUAGAGGUGCUGCAGGAUAAGUACGAGUGGUCCAAAGAGGAGGCUGAUUGUUUCGCUGACUUCCUCCUCCCCAUGCUGGAGCUGGUACCAGAGAAGAGGGCCACGGCUGCAGACUGCCUGCGCCACCCCUGGAUCGCCCCCUAGUGACGGCCCCCAGUACUGCAAUGCAAAACACCUAGGGCCUGUUCAGUAGGCAAACGUAUUUGAAUGUUGCAGCUAAUUUGAAUGAUUGGAGCUGACUUAACUCAUUUUUCUACUUGUCAUUGAGGCAUGUUUGUUCUCCAUUAAGGACUUCUAUCCGAACGUUCCAUAACGUUUUGCCCUGCUGAAUGCGGCCCGGCCUGGUUUGCCCCUGAUGAAACCUUCCAACCACUGCAAUGUAAAACCCUGGGGCUAUGUUCAGGAGUAUGUAACGUUACUGAACGUUCAGAUAAAAAUGUAUGGUGUCGAACACAUGAUCAUCUGUCAGAGUAGGCAAUCGUGUCUGCUCUUUUCAUUACAGUUCUAUCUGCAAUGUUCCAUUUGACAUUUUAGUCAUUUAGCAGACAUUCUUAUCCAGUGCGUCUGCUGCUAGACCAGUGUUUCCCAACUCCGGUCCUCCAGUAAGCCCAACUCCGGUCUUCCAGUACCCCUAACAGCCCAACUCCGGUCCUCCAGUUCCCCCAACAGCCCCAUGUUGUUGUAGACCUGGACAAACCUACCUGAUACAGCUCAUUGAGGACCUGAUGAGUAGUUGAAUCAGGUGUGCUUACCUGAGAAUGUGUACUGUUGUGGAGUUAGGAAAUACUGUGUGAAAUGACUCCAAAUGUAAAAGUAGCGUUUCACGUCCCUGAAUUAUAUCCCUAGAUGUAUCCCCUCUAGUGGAGGCAUCUGGCCACUGGGAUGAAAAUUAAACCUCUUACAAGAGACUUGUUGCAACAGAUCACUUUCCAAUUGGAUCAUCUGAGAUGGCUAUUUAUUUUUGGUUUGUAUUCUUACAAUUUAUUCUUAUUAUCGUCAUCAAGGACUCUGUCUUUUUAUGUUUGUUUCUCCUUUUUUUCUUUCCUUUUGUACUGAUGUUUAAGAAGCCAGUAGACAACACUGACUAUAAACCAAUCAUUUUGGUGGUCCAGAAUUCUGUGCUCUGUACACUUCUCACCCAUAUACACUAUAUAUAUACAAAGUAUCUGGACACCCCUUCAAAAUUAGUGGAUUCGGCUAUUUCAGCCACAACCAAUGCUGACAGGUGUAUAAAAUCGAGCACGCAGCCAUGCAAUCUUCAUAGACAAACAUUGGCAGUAGAAUGAAUGGCCUUACUAAAGAGCUCAGUGACUUUCAACGUGGCACCGUCAUAGGAUGCCAUCUUUCCAAAAAGUCAGUUUGUCAAAUUUCUGCCCUGCUUGAGCUGCCCCAAUCAACUGUAAGUGCAGUUAUUGUGGAAACGUCUUGGGGCAGCAACGGCUAAGCCGCGAAGUGGUAGGCCACACAAACUCACAGAACGGGACCACGGGGUACUGAAGCGCGUUAAAAUCAUCUCCUUGGUUGCAACACUCACUACCGAGUUCCAAACUACCUCUGGAAGCAACGUCAACUCCAUAUUAAUGGUUUUGGAAUGAGAUGUUCGUUGAGUAUGUGUCCACAUACUUUUGGUUAUGUAGUGUAAGAUAACUUGUAAUUCCCACCACCAUCUUGCUUUGUUCUACCCCAGCACAAGACCUGGAGCAGAAUAAGAUCAAGGAACUGUAGUCACUAGUGCCCUCCACCACUUUUGUAAUCCUGUCUCUGUCAUAUAACUUGAUACCACUUGGGUUUUCCUCUGAUAAAGGCAAAGAGUACUAAUGUGUUACACCUUCACCCAUAAGGCAUUUUGUUUUGUAUUAGGAAGUUGCACAUAGGGCAAACGAACAUGAAUGAACGUGUAGGUUGCACUCCACUCUUCUUUUCUUUUAUGGACUGAACUAUUUCUUGAUCUCCACAGGAAAUACAUUAGAGGGCUGUCUAGCUGUUCGGGUCAGUAAAACCCAUACCACCUUGUUUGUACAGAAUCGGUUAUUGUAUUACCUUGUCAUUGAUUCAUUCUCAUCGGAUUAGAGACUGAUUUUCUACAUGUUUUGUGGGUUUCAUUAAGUAAUAUUAUGUUCAUAAGAGCCCCAUCCAAAAUAAGAGAUUUUGAGAAAAAUAAAAUUGUCUGUGUGUGUAUACCUUUA